AUGCUUCUUAGUUUAUAUUUUGUCAAUACUCUUAUACCAUUUUCAAAUGAAGAAUUACUUAUUAUAAAUAAAGGUUUGAAAUAUAUUCCACCAUGCCAAAGUCAUUUUUAUUUUAGUCAACCCGUUGAAAAAAUUAUUGAACGAGAAUAUAAUCGUCUUCACGGUGAAAAUGUUAAAAAUCUUACCGAUUACACGUUUUCAACAAAGGAUUCACGUGCUAUUGAAUAUUUCACUGAAAUAAAAAAUUUACUUGAACAAUUAUAUACGAAACCAUUACCAACAAAACUUAAACGACAUGCACAAUAUAUCUACAAGAUGAUAAAGUCAAUGCAACGAAAAUUACGACAAGCAAAUAUUGCUGUUGGGCAAACUGAUAAAAGUAAAUUAUUCUUUUUUAUUGAUGCACAGGAAUAUGAAGAAAAAAUUCGAAAUUAUAUGAACAAAACAAAUGCUUAUAAUGAAAUUACCAGUGGAAUUUGUCCAUUAGCAAAUGAUUUACAUUUAGUAAUAUUACUACUUGAUCAUUUACUCCAACGGAAUCAAAUUACGAAAGAACAAUACAAACAAAUGUAUCCAAAUUUAAAAACAUUAGAAUUAGCUCAUAUUUACUUCAAUCUUAAAGUACAUAAGCCUGAAAUGUCAGUUCGACCUAUAGUUGCUUCAAUCAAUGCACCAGCUAGAAAAAUAUCAGCUUUUCUUGAUGAACUUCUUACCCCAAUUUACAAUUAUGUUGCCAAAGAUGUCACGUUCAUCAAUGGUGUAGAUGUGAUUCGAAAAUUAAAAGAAUAUCAAGAACAUGGUUAUCUCACUACAACAACAUUGUUUGUUAUAUUUGAUGUGACUGAUUUAUAUACAAUGAUACCACGUGAUGGUGCUAUUGCGGCUUUAACUCGAUUUUGUAAAAAAUAUUCAGUUAAUGGAAAAAUUGGAAAUUUGAAAAUGGAUACUAUUAUUCAAUUAGCAUGUGUUGUUUUAGAUACAAAUUCAUUUGCUUAUAAAGAUAAAUAUUAUCGACAAAUUAAAGGUGGGGCUAUGGGUUCACCAUUUACUAUGGUUUUAGCAAAUAUUUAUAUGUUAGAAUGGGAACAAAAAUUAAUUCAACAUCAACAACGACAUCAUGAAAUAUAUGGAAGAUAUAUUGAUGAUGUCUUUAUGACAACUAAUUUAUCAAAAGAAGAAAUUUUAAAAGAAAUUGAUAAAACAACUGUUACCGAUUCAAAUAUUAAAAUUACUACUUCGGUUAAUCAAUCAUUAGAAUAUCUUGAUGUUACAAUUGAAAAUGAUAAUGGUCAUUUAAGAACAUCUAUUUAUCAUAAAUCUGCUAGUGAACCCUAUAUUCUACCUUAUGAAUCUGAUCAUCCAAGACAUCUUCAUAUCAACAUAAUUCAUACUGGAUUAGUUCGAGCAGCACGUCUUUGUUCAACUGUUGAAGAUUUCGAUAUGGAACGAUUAAAAACAAGAAGAGAAAUGGAAACGAAAAUACAACGUGCAGAUAAUUUAAUUUCAAAGAAGAAAAAAUAUGAACAUAAAGAUGAAAUUUAUCUUCAUUAUACAUUUGAAAAUGGACCAUUAUUGAAUUUCAAAAAAGAAUAUCGUCAAAUAUGGGAAAAAUACUAUGUUUAUCCAGGAUCACGUUUGAAAAAUACACGUCUCAUUCUUGGGACAAUAUUAAAUCGAACAUUACAAAGUCUUUUGAUUCACAAAAAGCCUAAACGAGACAUGCUGAGGAAAAUGGAAGCAACUACAGAAGCAGCUCGUAGAACAAUAAAUGAAAGACUUAUUCAUUGA